GAGUUCAAGAAACAAAGUUGCUGGAUGCUUCACAGCAAGCAAUCAUUCCAGUCACAUCCGCACGUGGCACUCUUAUAUAUCGAGAAUCAGAGAUUUUUGGGUCAACCACGUGCAUCGACCGAUGUCUUUCGAAAUCACCGAUGUCCUCAGAACAUGGAAUACGCUGAAUCCCCAAGAACGAAAUCAACUUCACAGACUUUCCGCAGAAAUGACCUUCCACCCACUCCUAAUAAAGGAUGAAUCAACGAUGCGCAAGCUGCUAGCUCCAGCCCUCGCCGCCGGGUCAAUUUCCGACAAAGACUAUGCCUUUGCUGCAGCGCGUCUUGGUUCAUUGUCCAACUUUUAUUAUUUCAAUUAUCAUCAUGUAGGCCCGGCCAUAACCGCAGUAGUUGUCUGCGAAACCGGCUCACUGGUUUUGCGAAAGCGUCCAUCAGCCUUUAUACGCGGUUUCUUCCUUUUUCCUAUCGCAUUUGCUGCUGCAACACUAUCGACUCAGUCAGCAAUAGCUCGACGAAUAGAUUCACUUUGGGAGGGCCUAGACAACCCUCUAGGUGUUGGCAAGGUCAUCCACGCUCGCAUACGAAAGAAUGAGCAAGGGGUUUAUUCGGAACCCUCGUCCUCUGAAGGGCUGAAUCCCGAUUUCGUUUCUGACACCGUCGAAUCAUCCUUUGAUGGUGAACCGUCCAAACCUCUAUCAUCGCCAGAACCCGCUUCUCCCUCUUCUCCUUCUCCACCUACACAAUCAAAUGCGUCCAAUCCUAACUCCCGAUGGGAUGAGAUACGUGCUGCUUCCAAAGGCCAAAGUGCUGUUUCUACUUGGGACGAAAUCCGUCAGCAGAAUGCGCGCGCGCAGAUUCCUGGCACCCACGAUAACCAAGAUCGCUCUAGUUCAUAGACUAUGAUCAUCUUAUGAGAAGGAAACCAUGAACAUAAGAAUACAAUUUAACAAGACGCAUAAGAUACAUGUAAAAU